GUGGUUCCGCUUCCGGCGGCCGCGGAGGAGAUGGUGGAGGAGGGAGGCGGCGGCGGCGCCAUGAGUUUCCUCAAGCGGUUCCCGCCGCCGGCCGAGGGCGUUCGCCACCAGCAGCCUGACACGGAGGCUGUGCUGGCGGGGCGCACCCUGGGCACCGGCACACUCUACAUCGCCGAGAGUCGCCUGUCUUGGCUGGAAAACUCCGGAGUUGGGUUCUCCUUGGAUUAUCCCACUAUAAGUUUACAUGCAGUCUCCAGGGACGUGAACGCUUACCCAUGGGAGCACUUGUACGUCGUGGUGAAUGCCAAAUUCGAAGAAGAGGAGACAAAAGCGGCUCCUAUGGCUGAAGGGGAGGAGGAAGAGGAGGAAGACAGUGAUGACGAUGUUGAACCAAUUGCAGAAUUCAGAUUUGUACCUAGCGACAAAUCAUCCUUGGAAGCCAUGUUUUCAGCGAUGUGUGAGUGCCAAGCUCUGCACCCAGACCCAGAUGAUGAAGAUUCAGACAAUGAUUAUGAAGGGGAGGAGUACGAUGUUGAGGCCCAUGAGCUAGGACAAGGUGACAUCCCGACCUUUUACACUUACGAAGAAGGUUUGUCGCAUUUAACUGCAGAAGGUCAGGCCACUCUGGAGAGGCUGGAAGGCAUGUUAGCCCAGUCGGUUAGCAGUCAGUACAACAUGGCUGGAGUGAGAACAGAAGACUCAAUAAGGGAGUUUGAAGAUGGGAUGGAGGUGGACAUAGCACCAGUAGUUGCGGGGCAGUUUGAAGAUGCAGAAGUGGAUCACUGAGGAGGACGUAUGCUGCUCAUGCAGGAUUUCCCAGGCCUUUCAAGGGGACAGAACACUUCACAGCGCUGCAAGUCCAUCUCUUCCCUCACUGUAAGCGGAGCAGGAACAGUUCCCGGUAAAGUUAUGGAGCAAGAAUGGGACUGUUGUCAGAAGUGCACAGCUUAGCAACAAAACCCUGCUAAGGCGGUUGGGCCAGUGUGCCCUCUUGCCUACCAUCACCUGUACUGCUUUUCUCUCGUUAAUGGCAUUACAAGAUGUGCCAGCGUUUCCUUGCUGGUGCUGGGUGGGAGAGGAAGAGCAGUUUAUUCUGGGACUGUGUUUGUGCACGGUGGGAUUGCGAUUCCGCCCCUGCUUCAGCAGUGCUUGCUAGUGCAGAGUUUGCACAUGCCGCUCAAGCAGUGGUGCGUCGUCCCAGUUCUUCUGCCUCUCUCAGAAAUGAGACCGCCAGCUCUCUCCUUAAAGUAAGCGCAGAGCUAUCCCACUUGGAAUGCUGGAGAAAACCGUUGUGGGCCAGACAGCCAAAACCUCAGGGGGGGAAAAGGGCCACAAAUAGGAAGAUGACAUGCUGAAAAAUACUGGUGGAAAUGAGUCAGAAGUAGUUGGUUAGGGAUUACAGCAUCACUGAGAAAGAGGCUGCAGUCCCUGAGAAAGGCUAGUGCAGGGUUGUGAUGCGCAUCUACUUCCCUCCUGUGUUGCUUGUUUGACUUUGUUGCGGUUAAUGCUCCUGUGGGUUCGGAGUGUCUUUGAAUAGCUCUGUGUUCGCUUACUGAUCUCAACCACUGCCACUGAUCCUGAAUUAGUAUUUAUUGUUUGGUGUAAGAGGUCAAAAUUCCCUUCAGUCGCACUUCCUACCCUGGGAAAGACUGCAGUACAGAGAGUUCUUCCUAAAAACAUCAAGAUACUGGUUGCCCUGUUACCUUCUUUGAUAAAGGACACUUUAAAAUUAAGGAAAACUCUUCAGCUGUAGAUGAAGUGCUUCUUAGUGAAUGGAAAGCUUGACUCUGACUUGAUCUCCAAGAUGAUGUAGGUCCGUGGUUUAUAAAAAAAAAAUAAUUGUGCUGUUGAAAAUUCAGAUCUGAAUACUUGUCCUGGUUUAAACUUGAGCAGGAUUAAGGAGAGUUAGUGGCCAGCAGGAGAUCUCUAAGGAGCCUAGAAGUGCUGGUCGAGGUGGUGUUGACUGAUCUAGCAAAGCGCAAAAUCUACCCUGUACGAAUUAGUUUUGGUCAGUGGAAUUCUUCCAGCUGCUUACUCUUGUGCCUUCCACGGCAUGGCAGGUGGCUGUGGGAGGUUGAUGCUGUGAGAGGUGACUGGAUGGGGAGCCCUUCCGUCUUCCUGCUGGUGCUGAUCGGAGCUGAGGAGCUGAUCCCUGUCAGGGCAGAUAGUGUGAUCCACACUGCGAAGUGCUGCAGUGAUGUCGCUCCAGGUAGCAGUUUGGGAGCUGUGGGUGUGAUGGGCCUUGUUAAAGUAACCACCAGCCUGAGUGCGUUGAUGUAAUUUAAGUAAGUUCAAAAAAUUUAGGCUGGAUGGAAGCAGUAAACAACCGAAGGUACAAAUUGAGUCUGUGCUAAUCACCCUGCUAACAAGUUUGAGCAGGAGGGUAGCUUGGGUUUACCCUCUGAAAACCAGGGUCAGAGAGGGAGCAUCCUGUGGUCUCAGUGCUCUGCAGAGCAGCUCGGCCCGUUUCACCUUCUGAACUGCAAAAACAAUCUACAAGAACAUCUUGCUGGUGAUCCUUUAGAGAGCAACGCGCUGCCCUGCCUCUAAAGCGAUGCCCUUGUGGGACGAUUGUGUUGCAUGUUGCUGCUCGUUACCCAGAUGAGAUGUGACAGUUGCCUGCUGAAGCUCCUGGAAGAGCUGCUGACAGUUGAUGUGGGACGUUUCCACUUGUCUUGUAAUAAAUGGUGUUUUGUCUGUCGUAUCACGAGGUUGGAGCAAUUGUUCUGAAGCAAGUGGUGUGUCUGUGUGUGACGGUGCAGCGGGGUCUUCCAGGGCACAGGCGUACAGCUGCGGACUGUAAGCGCAUGCUGUCCUUAGCUGACCCAAGUGUAGAGCUGCUGGCAAAGGUGCUCAGCCCUCUGAAAGUCAGUGGGUUUGCAGUAAAGCGUUGUCCUCAGUGACUGUGAACAACAGGCGGCUACUGUUUUAUAAAAAUUAAUAACCUUUUAUUUUAAUGCCAAUUAUGUAAACUUGGUGUCUUGUAUC